CUCGUGUCCUAGACGAACUCAAUGAUUGAAUGAUUAUUACCCCGACCAAAGUCAUAAGUUUAUGAUGCUGGAGAUCACCAGUGACGGACAGUCAUGACAGAGGCCAUCCAGACAGCACCAUAUUUACCUGUUGGAUCAUCUAUAUCAGAGCUCAUUCGUUCCGCAGUCAAAUCUCCGCACGCUGAACCUAGGAAAAACAUUCAUAGUACAGAAACGUCAGUUGGCUCGAGCGUCUUACAGUCGACGUCUUCCCUUGCAGUGACCGAUGCAACUCCCCCCAAAUCUAUGCUGUCAUCUCGAUUAUUAGACACUUCAACUUCACCCGUAUCUUCUACUUAUGCGUCCGGUUUUUCAUACAGACAUCUCUACCGGGGGGCUCUGUCUCUGCCCGACUCUUACCUUUUGCUGGAUGGUCUUACAUUCUCUGCGAGGCUUCCGGUGAACGUACCGCAGUCUCCUUACGAUUCUCCAUCAACAUCACAUUUGUCUGACGCGCUUGCGCGUGAUCUUAUCCACAAUCCCCUCGCUCUCGCACUAGAAAGUAUGCGUGGCAGGCCUUCGCUCCGCUUCAAAGGUACUGUGCGCCUUAAAGAUAUCUGGAUGGAUGAAGCUGGUGAAGUUCAUAUGGACAUACAUCCUUUAGCAACGCUCAGCAGAGUGUACUUCGAAAAUACCCUCUGCCUAUCGCCUCUUUCACCGUUCUCCCGCGGAGGAAGUUGCACGAAACGGACGGAGAUAGGGGUGCGCAUUGCAUUAGGAGACACAGAUGGCCCCGAAACGACAGAAAUCGUCGUUUUUGGCGAGAUCACUGACGUCCUUUAUCCUUCGCAGCUGGCAUCCGCUACGUCUUCUUCGACGACCCCCUCUCCUCCAUUGGUGGCCCGUGUGGCUCGCAUUACGACCGCUCCACGAGCUCCCCGACCUGAUGAUCCCACACCGCGUAAACCUCCUGUCCGGUUAUUCGGAGGGCUUUCGGUCAGUGCCCUCGGAGCGGGAAAACGAAUAAAGCCACUGCCUCGGAGGUACGAAACCAAUGGAAAGACUGAAGAUCAUGACAGGGACGAUGCCGUGUGUCGAGCGAGAGAAGUGAUGCUGCGUCUUCCCAACUCGACGGCCUUUCCCGGUCGGCGUUCAAAGGGAAAGGACCAUAACAUGCAAACAUCGAAACGGAAGAACAAGGAGGUUGACAAAGGCCUUUUGGGGAAUCCUCCUGUCUUCAAAGUACCGGAAGUGCCAAAGAAGGCUAACAAGUCGGAGACUAGGGUGAACAUGCUCGGACCUGCACCGCGUGGACGGGCUUUGGUAGGCGAGGUUGGAGAGGAAGCUAUAGACGCGAACAUCGAAGCAGACUUCGAAGACAGAAGAAGCCAAUGUUCCGAGUCGACUGAGGCUGCAAAUAAGCUGAUUAUCAAAAAGUCAGCUGUGCGACACCUAACUGGAGCUGGCGUCCCACGCGCCCACCCUGAGUUCAAGGAACUUUACGGGUAUCUUUAUAGAGGGACCGCCUUUGCUUUGCGCGCCCAUAUGCAAACCACGCAACUCAGUGAACAGGCUGUGGACACACUAGUUAAAGCUCACACUAGGCUGUAUGUGAUGCCCGAGGGGCAGGCGGCAGGCGACGUCUUCGGAUGCUUUUCGUAGUGUCCUAACGAUGGACGAAUAAACCUCUCCCUCAACUUUGAGGGACUAUCGUGAUACGUUUGCUGUCUUCCAGUCCAGAGGACGCUUCCCCUGGACGCCACAGCUCAUUCUCUCGCGUGCAAAGCUGAGCAAUUAUUGCGAUUGACUCUAGUACGAGA